GUGGUCGUGUCGCUCGCACGCCAUAAAAAAGGCAUCACGUGUUGAUAACAUUAAUCAACGGAGAUAACACGGUAGCGCGCUAUCCCAGCAGAACGUUGCGACCGGCCGCAGAAUAAGCUCGGAAGAAUGUCUUGCCAAACGAACGGAGGAGACCACGCCGUCGGAGCAGAGGACCGCUUUGUGCCCGUUCUGACAGCCAGCGCGGACAUUUCGCCGCGAUUAGAGAGGCUGGCGAUUCACUUCGUCUCUAAGUACAGCGUGGAGCCUGCCUUUUUCGUCCGAGUGCCAGGACGAGUAAAUUUGAUCGGCGAGCACAUUGAUUAUUGCGGCUACGCCGUUUGCCCGAUGGCCAUCGAGCAGGAUAUACUUGUCGCCGUGGCAUUGUCAAAAGAUAACGAGAUUCAGCUCACCAAUGUGGACCCCAAGUACAAGGACUUUCGAUGCACUUUCGAGGGCGUAGGAGGCCGCAUUAGCGAUAGCGAGAACGGAGGACCGACGUGGUACAAAUAUUUUCUGUGCGGUGUAAAAGGAGCUCUCGAGGUAAUCCCGACGGAAUCCUACGUUCCUACGGGAGUCUUGGCCGCGGUGUGGGGCAACAUUCCUGCUAAUUCCGGCCUCUCCAGCUCCAGCGCGCUCGUUUCGGCCGCGCUACUUUCAAUCGUGCACGCCAGUCAGUGUCAAUUGUCGAAGCACGAAUUGGCGACUGUCAGCGCUCGCGCGGAGAGACAUAUCGGCACUCAAGGCGGCGGAAUGGACCAGGCUAUCGCUUUCCUCGGAAAAUCAGGCACGGCCAAGCUGAUAGAAUUUAACCCCUUGCGCGCUACCGACGUGACGCUACCGGAGAAUGCCGUGUUCGUGAUAGCGCAUAGCCAGGCUUAUCACAACAAAGCCUCGACCGGCGAUUUUAAUCUCAGGGUCGCGGAAUGCCGAUUAGCCGCACAGAUGAUAGCCAAGAAAAGGAACAAAGAUUGGGAGCGCGUUCAAAGAUUAAUCGACGUCCAAGAGAGACUCGCCUUUAACUUGGACGAGAUGAUUACCGUAGUAAUGACAGAACUGCACGAAGAGCCGUAUACACUUGAUGAGAUCUGCGAGAGCCUCGGCACGACCUACGAGCGGCUAAAGGAGACGUCUCUCGUUGGUUCCUUUAAUACCUCGCAGACGUUCAAGCUACGUCAACGAGCGCUGCACGUUUUCCAAGAGGCCGGCAGAGUGCUCGCGUUCCGCCGCGCAAACGAGGAGGAAGGCGGCAUAAUGGAACACGAGAAGCUCCAACAGUUGGGUAGCCUCAUGUCGAAGAGCCACGCCAGUCUCCAUAAACUGUACGAGUGCAGCCAUCCCAGCGUGGACGCGCUCGUGGAGAGAGCCGUACAUUGCGGCGCAUUCGGCGCGAGACUCACCGGAGCCGGUUGGGGCGGUUGCGUCGUAGCCAUCAUCAGCAAGAACGAAGCUCAACGAUUCGUGGACGCUCUCCGAGCGGAUCUCUGCCAGAACGGUGCAACAAAGGAUCGCGCGGAGCUCAAGGAUAUGGUAUUUCCGACGGCACCGAACCAGGGUGCUGUUAUUUACAGUGUGUCAACAUCGCUCGGAAUCGUAAAGCCCGAGCCAUAAUAAAUAUAACGGGGGGUUCUGUCUCUCUUUCUCUAUCUCUAUCCACCGGCCCGCGUCGUCCCUUUAUUGACAUUCCAUUAUUUCUCCCCAUCGCCCGUCGUUUCAGUCGUUCCGGUUUUCGCUCUGUUUUUCACCUCCCACCGUGAGCUCUAAUUGACGAAAGGGUGUCACCGGUGCCGUUCGACGCCGCUUUAACGUCAGGUCGUCAGGCUCGGACACCGUCGCUAUUACGGAAUUCCAGCGACGAAUGGGCAACGCGCUUGCUCCGCGCGGAACAUCGCUUUUUGCCGUUUAAUUGUUUAGCUGUGCAUAUAAAUCCGAUUUGCCGCGCUCGCGUUAAAUCGAACCUGCCGAAUGGAGAACGCGAAAGUCGCAUUCGCGAAAGACUGAGGCUGAUCCCCGGUUACACACUAUGCCGGAUUACAAGAGUGUGAUAUACUCACUUU